AUCUCUUUGCGUGAAUGAUAUUAUAAAUUUGCUGGAGUCAAAUGAGCUGAGUGAAGAUACUAUUUUCUUAGAACCUCCGGAUGAAAAUAUUACUGAUGAAGACUCCAAUAACGAUGAACAUACAGGUGAUAUAAACCAUUUACCUGCUAGUGUAUUGAAAGCUAAUGUUAAUAAAAAACACAGGCAAUUCAAAAAGAAUAAUUUUCAUAUGUUGAAUGUUCACAAAACAGAAAAAAAAUAG